AUGGCCUCCACCAAGUCCCCCAACAUCCCUGUCGUGGACUUUGCCGGCUGGAACACGGAGUCCAGUCGUCAGCGAAUCGCGCGAGAAAUCGUCGCCGCUUGCAAAACAGUGGGGUUCGUGUACAUAGUCAACCACUCAUUGCCACCGUCGAUGUUAGACGAGGCAUUUGACUGGUCAAAGCUAUUCUUCGAACUGCCACUAGAUGAGAAACUCAAAGCGCCCCAUCCAGAGGGAUGGGCUGUUCAUAGAGGGUACUCUUGGCCCGGGCUGGAGAAGGUGUCACAGGCGAUGAGCACCGGUGACGACGAGAAAAAGACGAACCAGCUGAGAGAAGUUACAGACAUCAAAGAAAGCUACGACAUAGGAAGCGACAACACUACUACCCAGCCUAACCAAUGGCUGCCUGAACAUAGUCUCCCCGGUUUUCGUGACUUCAUGCAGCGCUUCUACUGGGAGUGUUUCCGUGUCGGAGGGGAGAUCCUACAAGCGCUUGCGGUUGGCUUGGAGCUAGAUGAUAAUCAUCUGCUUGAGAAACACUCGGGUCAUAACAACCAGCUACGCUUGCUACAUUACCCGCCUAUUGCGGCAGAAGAAAUUGAGACAGGGCGUGCAGCCAGAUGCCCUGCGCAUACCGACUGGAGUUCGAUCACCUUGCUGUUUCAAGAUGACUGUGGUGGGUUGGAAGUCGAGGAUGUUUCAUCACCGGGAGCAUUUAUCUCUGCAAAACCUAUCAAGAAUGCUAUUGUGAUGAAUGUGGGGGAUCUUUUGCAGAGGUGGAGUAAUGGUUCGUCAAUUGAGAUCUAUGUUCCUGGUCUGCUCUCAACCGCUGACUUACAUAGAUCUUCUGAGGUCUACAAGCCAUCGAGUCACUUUGCCACCUCUGCCUGA